AUGGCCUACCUAGAUUUAAAUGCCCCUUUAAGAUCAAAUCAAUCUUUUCGAGAUAAACAGGAUUCAUUUUAUCACAAAGACUCGAGCCCCUUAGAAGAAUUUCCAAUUGAUAUAACAUCGACAGUCGUACUCGAAUAUAUGCAUAAUAUUUGUUUAGGGGUAAUGAAGAAGCUAAUUGUAUUCUGGGUGAAAGGUAACAAAUCUGUUCGUUUAGUAGAUCCAAAUACUGUUUCAGAAGAAUUGAUUAAUCUUAAAUGUCAUUUACCAUCAGAAUUUAAUCGCUUGCCCAGAUCACUUGAAGAAUGUGAACAUUGGAAGGCAACAGAAUUUCGCACUUUCCUUCUUUAUACAGGUCCUAUUGUGUUAAAAGGGAGAUUGAAAAAACCUCUAUUUAAACAUUUUAUGCUCUUAAACUAUGCCAUAAGACUUCUUAUUUCUUCGGAAAGUUGUCAUACUUAUAACAAUUUGGCUAAAGACAUAUUAAUAAGAUUUGUACGUGAAUAUGGAUCUUAUUAUGGUGAAGGGUAUGUUGGAUAUAAUGUCCAUGGUUUAAUACAUGUAGCUGAUUUUGUUCUAAUACAUGGACAUUUAGAUUUAUUUAGUGCGUUUAAGUAUGAGAAUUAUUUACAGUUUUUAAAAAAAAGUUGUAAAAAUGAUAGAUUUCCUCUCCAAGAUGCAUAUAAUCGCAUCAUAGAAAAAAUGAACGUUCAAAUUAAAACUAUACCUCUUGUUUAUCCAAUAUUGAAACGAGAGUUAAAAUUCAAUUAUAAUUUAAAUAAUUCAUUAACUGAAACUUUGUAUGAACAAGUUGCAUUAGAGCAAUUUGUGAUAAGUUCCAAAAGUGUUAAAGAUAAAUAUUUUAUGUUGCAAAAUAAUGAUAUUGUUGAAGUUACCAAAAUAGUAAAAUAUUUUAAUGGUGAGAUUAAAAUUGAAGCAAUUAAAUUUAAUCAUUCACCCAUGUUUGAUUAUCCAUCAACCUCAGAUUUAACAAAAAUAUUUUAUAUCAAUGAAAUCAUUCCAAAAGUUCAACCAAUUUUGAUCACUUUAAAAAGUUUAAAACAUAAGUGCUUUGUAAUACCAAUAGAUACUUGUAAAUAUAUAGCUAUGGCAUUACUUCACUCAUCAUAA